CUCAUUUUGGCAAUUGUUUUGGGCAUCAUGUACACAAAUAUGUCGUCGAAUCAUUGAACCUGUCAAAAUUUUGAAUAUCAACAAAUCUUGACCGCACAAUUUCAUCAAUGUUGAUUUGCAUCUUGGAUGUACACAUGCUCACUACCUUGGAAUUAUCCUGUUUCAGAUUUUUUCCCAAUGGCCUGAAGCAAUUAUUAUUCUUUCUUAAUGAAAUAAAUAUUUCCACAGUAAAAUAAAUUUUCCUCGUCCCGUAUUGAAAUGAAAUAGUCCGAGUUGUUCUUUGGAAACCCUAAAAUAAGUUUUAAAAUGGCUAUAGCUAAACCUCUUGGGAUGGAGUUUGACAACAGCUGGCCAGAAAGUGCUGAGUGUCUUACCCUUGACUUUGGACCUUUUGAAACGGCUCAUCGAUGGAGACGUAUGCCUGAGUGUGAUGAGUUUGUUGGGGCUAGGAGAAGUAAACAUACCGUCAUAGCCUAUAAAGAUGCUGUAUUUGUUUUUGGUGGAGAUAAUGGGAAACAUAUGUUGAAUGACCUCUUAAGAUUUGAUGUGAAAGAUAAUUCUUGGGGAAGAGCUUUUACUACUGGAGCUCCUCCAGCACCCAGAUAUCAUCACUCUGCUGUGAUUCAUGAAAACAGCAUGUUUGUUUUUGGAGGAUAUACUGGUGAUAUUCAUUCAAAUUCCAAUCUUACAAAUAAAAAUGAUCUUUUUGAGUAUAAGUUUACAUCUGGUCAAUGGGUUGAAUGGAAAUUUGAAGGAAAGAGACCUGUACCUAGAUCUGCUCAUGGUGCUGCUGUUUAUGAUGGAAAAUUAUGGAUUUUUGCAGGGUAUGAUGGCAAUGCUAGAUUAAAUGAUAUGUGGACCAUAUCUUUACUUGGUGACUCUCGAGUCUGGGAAGAAUCAUUUUUCCUUGAAAUCUCGAUCCUCUAUUCUGGUCAUUCAGAGCAUACUUCUUGCUGUGACUCUGCCGAGUGCCAAGAGUAUGAAUGA